AGCCGUGGCUCAGUAUUACGUGUAACAUAUAGCAGGGAUAGGGGCUGGGCUAGGUAAGCUUUCAGGUACAGUCCCUCCCUUGUGCUCCCUCCCCCAUUAUAAACUGUAGGACAGUACCACCCGCUCCCAUAUAAACUGUUAGUGUUUGACUCUGGGACAGUAGCACUCGCUCACAUAUAAAGUGUGUUUGUGACUCAGGGACAGUGCUUAGGAGAGGCCAUGGCCGAUUCCCAGUUGGAGUGCCUGCGAGACGACCAUGUUAAUAAGAAAGUGACAGAGGACAUGUGCCAGUUCUACUACAGUGAGGAGCACCGACGCUGCCUGGAGGUGCUUUUUCAGCGUGGGAUCCAGGGUUACAGGGAGUACGUUAAGGAGUACAAUGUCAGGGGCUUCCUAUCCACCAAGGAAUUAAUCGACUUGAAGGAUUUUUGGAAAGAAUAUGACAUUGAGUCAGAAACCUCAAAAAAGUCAAAAGCAAAAUCCAACAAGCUGGAGCAGGAACCUCAAGAGGAAAAAGAUUCAUUGCAAUACUGGCCUGAGAAGUCUGAUACUGAAAUCCCACCCCUGGACCUUGGCUGGCCUGAAAAUGGCUUCUAUAGAGGGGUCUCCAAUAUGCUCGUUUAUACCCACCCACCCAAGGAGAAUGCUCCCACCAUCAAGGCUGUAAUUAGGGACCUCAUCCAGACAGCCAAAAAGGUUAUUGCCAUUGUUAUGGAUUACUUUACAGACCGGGAACUAUUUAGAGAUGUACUGGAUGCUGCUAGCAAGCGGAGAGUCCCUGUUUACAUGAUUCUAGGAGAAGAAGGUGUGAAACAUUUCUUGGAGAUGUGUGAAAUGAUGCAGCUAUCAAGCUUUAUGCUUCGGAAUUUACGAGUCAGAUACGUUACAGGGGUGGGAUUUUACCUGCCAUAUGGGAAGAUCAGUGGCUCCCUGACACACAAGUAUCUCAUGGUGGAUGGAGAAAAAGUGGCUUAUGGCUCAUUCAGGUUUACAUGGAGUUCAUUAAGGGUGGACCGUAGCAUUAUGACACUCCUGUCUGGAAAAUACACAGAACCAUUUGACAUUGAGUUCCGUGAGCUCUAUGCCAUCUCCGAGGAAGUCAAUCUAUACAAAGAGCUAAGCCUCCCAGACUAUCAGCCAAGUCCUAUAGGGGCCAGAGCACGUUCCUCCACUGUUGCACGCAAGCUCAUCAACCCCAAGUACUCUUUGGUGGUGGGACGGAGCCCAGCUCCUGGGGAAAUGCUACGUUUUGGUUCCCCAAAUCAUCCAGAAGCAGGAGAAGAUGGAAAAAGUGAAGGGGAAAAGAGAAUGGACAAAUUCCUGGAUGACUUAGUUUCCAUAGAGCAGGAGUCACCAGGGAUUGUGAAUUUGGUUGACCUUCCACAAUCAUUACCAAUAAAAAAAGAAACAGGAACAUUCACAGAAAACACACUCUCUCCCAAAACAAGCAAAAAAACCUUCAAAUUGUUUAGUUUUAAGAAACGCCAAAACCCUCUCUUGGGCAAUGUGGUAGAAGGUGACUUCGUUGUUUUGAAUAAACCACAAUUGGAAUCAGACAACAGUAGAAGACACAGUAAUAUAGAUCUGAUGAGUUCUGGAAAAUCCAGCCCCACUAAAAGUGAGAAGGUGAAGACCCCAGAAAAGUGCAUCAUUUCUUGAAGAGGAGACUUCUGAUGUUCUGUGAACUUUGGCUCGUCUCAAUAUUUGGAGAAUAAUAUCAAAGAGAAACUUCAAGUUACAAUUACAAACCAUUGUCUGCCAGCAUUCUUUGAUGCUACAAGAGGAUCUAUAUCUAUAACCUUUAAAAUAAACAAAAUGUAUGUUAGAUUCAUUCUGAACAUGAUUGCCCCAAUCAACCACAGCUUCCCAAUCAUCUGCAGACACAACUAAUUCAAGUGAUGAGCAAGUAAAGAAACAAGAAUACACAGGAUUUACCCAAAAGUCACACAGUUUUCCAGGAGUGUUUAAAAUGCCAGUAAGUUGGACUUAAAAUGCAUUUUCACCUUUUAGUAGGGUCGCUUUUAUGGAAUGACCACCUUUUCCAACACAUAUUGUAUUACCUUUAAAAACAGCUUUGUAACAUACUGAGAGGCCUUCUUCCCUGAAGUAUGUUUUCUCUUACUGCCAUCUAGUGGCAUCUUUACAGGUACUUGUAUCUCCAAUGGUGGAUUUUAUUGUAUGU